AUGACAAACACUGGAAACCUGUCCUGUAAGAAAUCCUUCAACAACAAACAAAAGCAAAACUAUCUGCCGAAGCGGAUAAUACUGGUGCGCCAUGGGGAAACCCAAGUGAAUGAGGAUGAGACUGUUCUUGAAUACGUGCCCAAUUACAAGAUCAAGUUGAGCAAAAAGGGUCGCCAUCAGGCUCACAAAACUGGCUCCAAAAUCAGGGAAAUUAAAUUGUUUCAAAACAGCGACUGGAAGGUCUUCUUUUAUGUUUCUCCGUCGAGCAGAACCAGGGAAACGAUGGAAGAGAUCAUGGGCGGAGGAGAAACGUUCCCCAAAGAGAAAGUUGUGGGAGUGCGAGAAGAAUGCAGGCUGAGGGAACAACACUUUGGGAAUUUCCAGGAAAUGGAGACGAGGAAGAAGAUCAAGAGAAUGAGGAACGGGUACGGGAAAUUCUUCUACCGUGUCCCUGAUGGCGAAUCCAGUGCUGAUGUUCACGACAGAGUAUCAGCUUUUCUUGAAGGGCUGUGGAGGGACAUGGAAACCAACAGAUUCGGCAAUGGCCCGUCGAACGAGCUGAACCUGAUAGUGGUUUCCCAUGGGCUCACGAUUCUUCUCUUCCUCAUGAAAUGCUUCAAUUGGAGUAUUGAUCAGUUUGAGGGUCUGACCAAUCCAGGAAACUGCGAGUACAGAGUGAUAGAGGUAGGAUGCAACGGGGAAUACAGCCUGUCUGUUCAUCACCAAGAUGAGGAGCUGAGGGAAUGGGGAUUGUCUCAAGAAAUGAUUGAGGAGCAGAAGCUUAGAGCUUAUGGCCCCGGAUUUCUUUGAAUCACAAAGUCUGAGUAAUUAAUGUCCAGAAUCCAGCAACUUGUGAUGACGGCGUUGAAGAUUCCGGUCAUGACAAAAAAUGAAAAAUCUUAUACACCACCCACUUCCUUAAUUACAAGGAGACUCUGGUCUGAUAGGUUUUACUUCCGAUUGAAUAACUGUUUUUGGUUGCGCUUCUGUUCUUUCAAUUCUCAAUUCUUUUAGUUCUUUACUGAUA